AUAGCCCUACCUUAUAAUUCUCACUCAUUGCAUUUGUUGCUUAAAGCUUGCUCUCUUCCCUUAUCCUCUCUCUGUCUCUAUCUCUCUCUUUGGUCGUUGCAGAGAUAAGAAAAACAACUCAGCUGCAAUCUUCUCCCAUCUAAAGGGAAUUGAAAACAUCAUAUUUGAAAAGAAAGAGGGAAAUGACCCACUAGACCACCAAAGUGAAUGAAUUGAGGGUCACCUACAGAUCAUGUACCAGGAGAGCCAAAAAAAAAUAUAAUCCCACUUUCACACACAUGAUCAUGGAUGAAAAUGGGAUCCUCAGGCCAAACUUCCCUCUUCAGCUCCUAGAAACCAAGGAACAACAACAAGAACAACUCAGUCAGGCCGAGACGAGCUCCAAAACGACCCCGGAACCGCCCAAGAAACCUCCCCCUAAGAGGACUUCAACCAAAGACAGGCACACCAAGGUCGAAGGCCGAGGCCGCCGAAUCCGUAUGCCCGCGACGUGUGCCGCUAGGGUUUUCCAGUUAACGAGAGAGCUCGGUCACAAAUCCGAUGGUGAAACCAUCGAGUGGUUGCUUCAACAGGCCGAGCCUGCGGUUAUUGCUGCUACGGGGACAGGUAUUAUCCCUGCUAAUUUUACGUCCCUUAAUAUUUCUCUGAGAAGUUCAGGCUCUAGCAUGUCGGCUUCCCACUUGAGGAACACGUAUUUCAAUCCAAAUUUUACGACACAACAAUUGAGGAUGAGAAGUGAAUGGGAUCAAAAGAAUGUCCUUGACGACUCGUCUCAGCAACAAAGGAGAGUCUUAUUUCCGGGUGUUGCUUUAUCGUCUGAAGAUUCAUUGAACUUUCCUGGUAGUAGUAACACUAGUUUGAACGCUUUCUUGCAAGCUAAGCAAGAGAUCCGGGAAGCCAGCGUCAACGUUGCGGAGACAGCAGAUGCUAGUAUAGCCAAAAGGAGGAGGCCGGAGCAGGAAGAAUCGCCACAAAAUCAGAUGGGGAGCUACUUGAUACAAUCUAAUGCCGGUUCAAUCCCGGCAAGUCAUAAUCCGAUUCCGACAACAUUUUGGAUGGUGACUAACCCCGGAAACCAAGUCAUCGGCGGGAGCAGCGCCGGUGAUCCCGUGUGGACAUUUCCGUCAUCUACUAAUACUAAUAUGUAUAGGGGUACUAUGUCUAGUGGGGUACAUUUCAUGAAUUUCGCUACUCCAAUGGCUCUCCUACCUGGUCAACAAUUUGGUUCUAUUACCGACACUCAUUUAGGAAUCCUCACGUCACUAAAUGCCUAUAGACCGAAUCCGGGUACCAACGUUUCCGAGUCUCCGGCCAGCGGGUCAUAUCAACACCACGGCGAGGAAAACAGGCAUGACCCAACUAGCUAGUGUUCGGUCAUGGCAUUAGAGCAAAUCACAAAGUGUAUGGCUUGAUCAUGCUUUAUUCUAGUUUUUUUUUAGCAGUACAUAUACGUGCAAUUUGCAACACAGGCUCGACUUUGAAUGCUAUGAACAGUGUGGUAUUCGAUU